CAGAUUACUUCUUAUUUUUCUCUUUGAUUAAAAACUACUGUCGUUUGAAAACAAGUCAAGUCAUGCUUUCAAAAAGCAAACAUUGGAUCGAGGCUCUAGGUUCAUCGCGAAAGAAUUUGAAAUGAUAGAUAGGCAACUAGACAUAGCAAUGGGAGUCUGGGAGCUGUAAAAMGUCUUUUUAGCGUUGGAAAUGAGGUUAAAUCUGUUACUGUUGGCCAUUACGCUUCACUUUGGAYGGUGUUUGUGCAACGAAGAGGCUGAGCAAACCAAAUUCGCCAAUUCCUGGGCUGUUCAUGUGGACAGUUUGGAUCAUGACAGCGUGGAUAAGAUCGCUACGAAACAUGGUUUUAUAAACAGAGGGCAGAUUGGCAAACAUCAUGGCUAUUAUCUAUUUGAACGAAAACAACAAGACCGCAGAAGGGAAAGACGAGACGUCGAUGACCAUACAGAACUACUAAUGACCGAGCCAAAGGUAAACUGGGCAGAGCAACAACGCAUUCUUGAAAGAAGUAAACGUAACGUAAUAUCAAGCGAGAGUAGAACGUCACGAGACAAGCGUGACAUGGCCGUUAGUAUCCAGGACCCUUUUUACAAGGAUCAAUGGUACUUGCAAAACAUUGGUCAGUCAUCAGGACCAUCUGGUUUGGAUAUCAACGUUUUGCCUGUCUGGGGUCGUGGAUUCUCCGGACAAGGAAUAGUUGUAUCAAUACUUGAUGAUGGAGUUGACCACACUCACCCAGAUCUGCGGAGGAACUACGAUCCAAAUGCAAGCUUCGACUUCAACGACUUUGAUACYGACCCAUCACCAAGAACGACAAAUCCUUUGAACCGCCAUGGAACGAGGUGUGCUGGGGAAAUAGCUGCAGAGGCCAAUAAUGGUAUUUGUGGUGUUGGUGUAUCAUUCAAUGCAAGCAUCGGGGGUAAAUUAAUUGACAUUAAUGGACGUGGUGGCAAAGGUAACAUCUUCGUCUGGGCGACUGGUAAUGGUGGACUAACAGACGACGACUGUAACUGUGACGGUUAUACGACUAGUAUUUAUACAGUAUCUAUAGGUGCCAUUAGUGACCAUGGACUGUCUACGUACUAUACGGAAACGUGCGCAUCGACUAUUGCGGUUACGUUCUCUGGCGCGUCGCAUCGCGAGGCUGACGAAAAUAAAAUUAUUACAACAGAUCUCAAUCACAAAUGCACCAAGACCUUCAAAGGAACAUCCUCCGCAGCACCGCUGGCAUCAGGAAUGCUGGCUCUUGUUCUUGAAGCAAAUCCAAAUUUAUCCUGGAGAGACGUACAACACAUUAUCGUCGAAACAUCUCAAAAGACGAGUCCACUCGACGAAGGAUGGAAAAGAAACGGCGCCGGAAAACUCUUCAAUCACAAGUUUGGGUUUGGAAAACUGGACACAACACAAAUGGUGAAUGCUGCUUUGAAUUGGAAACCCGUUGCUAAGCAUCGUGUCUGUAAUGACUCAAGAUAUGACACGAAGAGGAAUAUACCAUCAUCCGGGAGUUUGAUACUCUCAGCUGAAACGUCAUCAUGUGAAGGAUCUACGUCAGAAGUACGUAAGCUAGAGCAUGUUCAGGUGGUUGUCUCGCUGAAGCAUCGACGCCGUGGAGACCUUAGUAUCACCCUCAUUUCACCAUCUGGAACACGCAGUCAAUUACUGAAGACGAGAAGGAAUGACAAAUCUACAGAAGGCUUAACGGACUGGGUCUUUAUGACAGUGCAUUGCUGGGGUGAAAAUCCCAAGGGAUCAUGGUCCUUGGUCGUCACGGACAACGACAGAAACACGCGUGAGCACCAUGUUAUAAAAGCUAAGCAAGGUGACAUGGAAGACGUAGAAAGAGUCGUUAUGGACGAUUCCGAGAAACGUGGAAACUGGGACUCUCGYGUGGUCAACGAAUACGAGAGACCAAAAAAUGCCUCCCCGGGAAAUGAAACGAAAAACGACCACAUUCUUAAAAACAUGGAGGACACUACAGGGGAACUAGUUAAAGGAAAUAAGUUUGUUGAGCUUGCCAAGAGAAAGAAAAAUAGGAAAAARGUAGCAGAAAUUUUGAAGACUGAGAAAUCUCARACUGAUCAUGCGCGAAAUGCUAGUAAAGUCCCCAAGAACCACCAGUUCAUCAAAACAGUAACGAGUUAUCGUGCAAAAGUCAAAUAUUGGCACAGAAAGACAAAGCAUAUGAAAAGAUUUUGGAAUCGACAUAACAAAGGCCGCAAAUGGAAUCGAAAGCAUCGCAAAAUGAAAAGCCAUCGAGAAAAACUUCUCGAAAAAGCGAAGCAUAAGACUUAUACGAAGAAAGMAAGCAAAAAUAAUACGAAAAAGCUCUUAWUUGCAAAUACUAAAAUGAGCAGCAAAAAGCAAUGGUCUUUAAGUAAAGUCAAAGRUAAGCCAACCAAUCUCAAUCAAGACAAGCAAUUGAAKACUUCGAYGCCUGUUGGACGUCUAGAAAGCUCUACUACUACAGCCUCUGCCACAAAAAGUGAUCUUCAGGCAAUUGCAAGCCCCCUUAUCCAAAAAAUCAUAGGGAUAUCAAGGACGGCUAACUUUGUUUCUGCACAGAAUCACCAAUCUCUUGUUGGUGAGGUCAAUAUCAAAAUGAAAUUGUUUGGAAAURGUAUCAAACAAAAGGACACCAAAGCUGCUGAUCACGCUGACUCAUCUAGAAGUAGUGUGCAAUACGAACAUCGCAAACACCAGCAAAAUCCAUCCGACGCAAGUCUACCUGUUGACAUUUAUGCAAAGCUUUUGAGAUCGGUUGAAUCGAUGCGUAGAAACUCCAGUGAAAGCGAUCUGGCUAAAGAGCAGCAGCUCACCCGUGGCCCAAUGGUUACAAAAGGUUAUUCGAAUGAAAGUGUACCUUCCGAAAGUCACCUAAACGAAACAAGUUCAUUACAAUCAAGUUCUACUGAAAAAACUCAUCCCGGAAGUUCUUUUUCCGGAAGUCGUUUGAACGGAACCGAAUCUACAAGCGAUGAAACCGGAAAAGAACCUAUGCCGACAGAUAAAGAUGAGGAGAAUAGUGCUGAUAUUAAUCACAAGCCGUUCAUAUUUUACGACAAUGAUUCUAAAAAGUACGUAGCAUUGGGUAAGACAGACGCUUCAAAGAAUGUAAACUCUUUUGUUAUUGUGGGUGAAGGAUCCGGAAGCGGAAGUGGAAAUCAAGACAAACCGGAAAAGAGUAGUGACAUUAAUGAGAAAAGGUGUGGAGAAUCUCAAGAUGGAAAUUGUGAAGAUGAUUAUUACCGAAAUAUUGAUUUGGAGGAAAGCGAUGAAGAUGCACCUUUCAAGAAGUUGUUAAAAGACCAAAAUACAACAAAACAACCAGAGGACGAUUUUGGGGAUGUCGACAAAUUUAAACUUUCCAAAAUUGAAUUAUAUCCACCAGAAGAAGAAUCCAAAGGCUUUGGAAAAAUAGACGGCAUGAGCCACAUAGAUGGAAGCGAGAGUGGCGAUCUUCCUGAAAAUGGUGAUUUCAGCGAAAGUAAAGAGCUUGAUUCCGGAAAUAAAGURACAGGAAAUGAUGCAAUGAAUAAUUAUACAACAGGUAAUGAUGAAACCGGAACCGGAAACCCAAUGACAGAGAACAUAGAUUAUGAUAUGCAUAAUUAUAGCCGUAAAGAAUAUCAAAGCGGAAGAAAGCUGUCAGGAGGAAAUGGAAAGUAUCAAAGUGAAGAUAGUUCUUUAAUGUACAACAACGAUACUCAAAAACUGGAAGAGCAAACAAAGCCACCCCMARCCGGAAACAGAAUUUCUAAAACAGGARGUGAAAGCAUAAGAAGUGAGAACAUUAACAUUAAAGCUAAUGAUAUUAACAUCGCAAGAGAUGAAAACACAAGAACCGGAAUUAAAAAUGCAGAAAAAGUCGAUGGAAAUGCCGGAGCUGCCAAAGCAAAUGCUCAAGAGGUCGAUGAAAGACCCGGAACCGAAAUAGCAAGAACGGAGAAGGCUGUAACCGGAAGAGCAAGUGCAAGGAAGGUAAAUGGAAAUUCAAGAACUGGAAAAGCAAGUUCAGAAAAUGCCAAUGAUGAAGAUCCUCUUAAUUGGGGCUUAUCAGAUUCAGAGGCUGCGAACCUGGACCUUGAAAAUAAUGAAAGUAAAAACGAAACCUCUGCGAUCCAGUCAGCCAAAGAAACCGACCAAGAAAAUAAAAUAAAUGAUGAUUUUGGUGAUAUGGGCUCAGAUGAUUACCAAGACCUUGAAUUGCGUAAAAGGUAUCAAAAGCUCCGCAGUGCUAUGGAUAAUAUUUAUCCUAUAAAUUCCUCGAGCUUUGAAGAAAUGAUAAAAAAGAGGUUAGAGGAGGAAUAUGGAGUAGACAAUACAUCGACCAGUGAGAACAUAGAGAGCAGUAUUCCAAAAAAUGAUUCAUUUGAAGGCGAACGAAUUGAGCACGAAAACCAAGUCACUGAUGAUGUAAGUUCCAGUGAUUUCAGCGGAAAUGAGAUUUCUGGAAGUGGAAAUGGUAAGAAUACAGAGUAUGAAAUUAUAGACUUAGCUGAUGUUAAGGAUGAUAUCGGUGGAUACGUAGGAGAGUCCCAAAAUCACUCAGUGAAUUCAAGCGCAGAAAACAAUUUUGCCAGUGGGGAUGGGAAACAAGAAUCUGAACAACAGAACGUUACACAACAAAGGGUAACUGAAAAGAGCAUGUCUGAAGAGAAGGUGCCUAUUGAUGUUUCAUUAAAUAAAUCCAAAGAUACUAACCCCGAAGGGUCCACUCCUGAUCAGGGACAAGAUUUAUCAGGACCARUACCAAAUAAAGUGCACGUAGAUAACGACGCACCAACAAUAUAUGAGCCAGCYGCAGAAGAAAAAGACACAAUGAAUGAAGCAGAACCAACACAAGAAGAGGUAAAACAGCCCGAGCAAUUAAACAAGGAUGCACCUCCUGUUUAUCUAGAUGAGGCACCAAAAGAUGGUGCUCCAAUAGAAUUAAAUGGGGACCCCGAACAGAUAGGAAAUGAUUACCAGGAAUCAGAGAAUGACGAUUCUGAGAAGCAAGAGCRAACUUUAGAAGCCAUGAGAACGGAAAACUCCAAGAAAAUCGAAAAUCAGGAAAAGCCUGAAGAUGGAUUCCUUCAGCGUGUAAAAGAAGACAUAAAACAGAAAAAAAUCGGUGAUCUUGAAAAAUUGGAGAAGGUUUUGAAACGAAGAAUGUCCAAAGCAAUGCAUGGCUUAAGCGAUGAGGAUUCAAACGCGAUAUUGAAGGCAGUAAUGUCAGAAAAAUUACCUGAAGACUCUGAUUCUCAACGACUUGUUCGUCGAGGUUUGGCUAAGGCUCCAUCAAAAGCAAAUGAUCAAGUGAAUCAAUUAACCAAUGAACCCUCAAUCAACAAAAGCAAGCAAGAGCAUUCUGGAAUACUUGAGUCUUGGAGCCUAAUAUUCUAUGGAACAUGAAGUGGAAUUGAUUUCUAUGUUUUUUUGUACAUUUUACACAAUUUAGAGACAUCGUUAAAAGAAUUUAGAUAGUGUAUAGCUUUAGAAAAUUAUAGUUUUGUAAACAUUUCUGUACAAAUCAUUUGUAGCCUUAAUAUAGAGUGCACGCGAUUAAACCGUGAAAUAUGUAUCGAGCGCUGAUUSUUUCUUUUUKUUUAUUGCCUAAUCAAACUUUUGGCAAAAAGUACGUGYAUUCAUGGAAUUAUUCGUUUMAAUAAGAACACAAUAAGCCUGAACUUUAAGAAUGGAAGUUCUGGUAUGCAGGGUAUAAUUGUAUCGCACUCAAUGGUCUUCGAUUCGUCGUAGAAAUUAUCUUGGAAACUCAGUGAAACUUUAUGUUGUGUCCAUAAUGGUAUGGUAAUACUAGCGCCAAGGUUGUCCAASUUGUYUCGCAACAUCUCUGAAAAACAAGGUGGAAAGUGCGAUUCUGCGCGUAUUACUAACUUGAACCAACUUGUUUGGCAGCAAAAUAKUUUGUUGCUCGUUGAAAAAGUAUGUUGCAGAAAGUAGAAUAUCGUUAUUUUCAAUAAUAAAAUCCAUCGAUGUUGCGCAUAAUAUAUACCCUCUUGUCUCGCAUCAAAA